UUCUCAUUAUCGUUAACAGCUUCUUGUCUGGCGUGGGUAUAUCUCCAUUCGUCUUUCGUCGUGCAUUCUGUGUUCAGGAAAGGUUCCAAACGUUCCUCCCGUUGAGUACCGCCAAAAAAGUUGUGUUGUAAGCCAAGCAGUGUUCAUCUUGCCCAAAGCCGAAAAAGUUGCCAACACACAGCAAUCGACAAAAUGACAGAAGAAAGUACAACGGUUCAGAAACGGGGACGUGGACGUCCGCGUAAGUCGGACGCUGUCGCUCAAUCGCCCCAAGAGAAAAAGAAACCGGUGAAGGAAGCGGUGGAACUGCCGUCAUCAGAAUCGGCUGAUGAUUCAGCGGAAACCGAGGAGGAUGUGGCACCACAGCCAACGAAAUCACCGGCCGGCAAAAAGCGUGCCGCUUCCGAAAGCCAGCAUGACAAAAAUGAGCCAGCCCCGAAACGCCGUGGUCGUCCACCCAAGUCGGGCAAAGCAGCUCAGCCAAGCAAGGAUAAAAAACCGGCAAGCAGCGGUCGUGGUCGGGGACGCCCGCGGAAAAAUCCCUAAGACUAUAGAGACAACUCGGGAAGCUAUGGAACUAACUGGGGCACACAUACACAACAACAAAACCACACACGCUGUCAUACAAAGUUUGUUAUGAUGAAUCAGUUCAGUAUAACAUCAGGGCACGACAAGCCAGCACCACACGUAUGAAGGAAGGAGAAACGUUUUAUCAUGCCCCAACCCCUCCCCUAUUUGAUGAUCAUGCCCACUACGUAAAAGUAGUGUUGGAAUAUUGACAAUUUUUCCUGUUCCAUUCUUUGCCAUCGGUUCACCACCAGUUGCCUCUUCGAUGAAUGUUACGUUUUCUUCCCACAUUUUGAUGGGAAGUACUAGUAGAAAAAGCACUACUGAUCGAUCAACUAAAAACAACACCACUCGACACUGGUUGACGAUUAUUUCGAAUCAUUAUCAUUACUAUUAGAAGACGGUGCAGAAGUUAGAAAGAAAAGCAUUAUUUCUACAAUAUUAACAACAAUACAGAAUGUUUUGUAUCUUAAUUGAAUUGUUUUUUUUUUAUGUAGAAUGCGAAAUAUAAAACGAUCAGGUUUAGGAUUUGACGAUGCGGAUGUGAGGAAUGGAAGUAGCAAUGUUUCCCAAGGUAGAAAAGUAUUUGCUCGCGUGUUUUUCAUAGCAGGUGUAAUAAUCGCAUUAAAGAAAUAUGUUCUCAAGCUGAGAAUAGCCUUUCCACACCUCUUACGUUUAGUUCUUUCUGCGCCAUAUGUUUCAUAAUGUCUCACUAAACUAAUCAGACUCAUCUAUUAGCCCAUUCUGGUAAUUGACUUGUGAAAUGUACAAAUUGUAAUGAAAAGCCGUGAAAUAAAUCGAUGUAUUCGGAACAAAUGUUAU